UGCACAUGCGCAGUCCGAAACGGAACAAUGUCGGGAGACAAACCGCUACAAGAAAAGAAAAAUCAUUUUUAGAACAAACAAAUAUUCUGUCAUAGUGGAGAUAUUUUGAGCCGAUUUUAAAGUCAACACUGCCUCCUGGUGGCGUUGUGGCGGUUUAUUAUCCUCCGAACACAAACACCACAGAAGAAGAAGCAGCUCCGGGAAGGUCGGACAGUAAGAUGGCGGCGUCCGCAGUGCGAGCGAUUGGCUCUAAUCUCAGUAAAAACCUCCGCGAAAUUCGUCUUCAUUUCUGUCAGACUUCAGCUGGCAGUCAGGGAGCGAGGGAUUUUGUACAGCAGCACUAUGUGACCCUGAAGAAGGCGAAUCCUGAGUUUCCCAUCCUGAUCAGAGAAUGUUCUGCUGUUCAGCCCCGACUGUGGGUGAGAUACGCACUGGGUAAAGAGCAGAGUGUUCCUCUGGACAGCAUGAGCGCUGAUCAGGUGGCUAAAGUUCUGGAGCAUGCUGUCAGUGUGAAAGUCUGAGACGUGUUCUUCACCUUCCUCUAAUCUCACCUUUCUCUGUGUGUGUGUGUGUUUAAUAAAUGGGUCUCAUUAAAGCUUC